UAGUGCCGAGACCUCGACUAGUUUACAUCUAAUUUUCAAAGUUAUCAAAUUCUUAAAGUAUGUGAUCUGAAAAAGAUGACAUACUUUGAUUGCACUGAAAAUGUAAGAUAUUAUAUGAUAAUAACUCAUAUUUUUAUAGCUCACUAAUACAGCUUAUGAUUGUAGUGUGAUAAAGAUUCUCUCAUGUUUUGUAGGUCACUGAUCCAGCUUAUGGAAUGUACAUCUGGCCUUCAGCACCAGUACUGGCCCAGUACAUCUGGAAUAAACGGAGCUUUGUUAGAAAUAAGAAUGUUUUGGAGCUGGGUGCAGGGACCUCGCUGCCUGGCACUGUGGCCGCGAAGUGUGGGGCGAAGGUGACACUGAGUGACGCGUCUCGAUAUCCAGACUGUUUACAGAACUGUCGUAAGAGCUGUCAGAUGAACGGGUUAGCAGACGUCAACAUUGUUGGUCUCACUUGGGGAGAGUUCACUCCAACAUUGCUAGAGUUGCCUCCACUUGACAUUAUUCUAGGAUCAGAUUGCUUCUUUGAUACAAAAGAUUUUGAAGACAUUAUUGUGACCGUCAGCUUUUUACUGGACAAAAGCCCACAUGCAGAGUUUUGGAGCACCUAUCAGGAAAGAAGUGCUGAUCGAUCUGUUGAAGAUUUGUUGUUGAAGUGGGGACUGAGGUGUGUCCAUGUUCCACUUUCUUCGUUUGACGCGGAUGUUGAGGUGACCCACAACCACACAGUUCACAUGCUUGUCAUCACACGAAAAUCGGGAGUCACGUGAUACCGUUGUUUUAUCAAGCAUCAUGAUUAAUUUUAUCUGGAAAGUAAAUCCUGCAAAAGGUGUAGAAUAUAUAAAUCUACAAGUUAACACUUCCACUUAAUGAUGCAACAAGAAGAAAAGUUGUUGAUUGGAUCAAAGCAUUUGAAAUGCUUAGGUGUCUAGACAAAUCCAUCUUAAUAUGACAGCACCCAGAAAGGACAAAGAAAAUGAGGUUUAUCAGUAUUGCUCCACAAAUGUUGUGGUAUGUACUAUCCUGUCUGGAAAAUGCAUAUAAAAGACCCCUUGUUGUGGACUUGUAAGAGUAGUGUACAUGACAGCAGUUCUUUCUCUCAGCUGUUCAAAUUAUAACUAGACACCAAAGAAUGAUAAUGUAAAGUGUGCUGUGAUGUUAUAAAAUAGCAAUGUAGCAUUCCUUACAUUUGGAGGAGGGAGCUUACCCAUACAAUACCGCUGAUUCAAAAGAUUUUGUUGUAUCAGAGCUGUUGGGUGAAUGGAAAAAGUUGAAUCUCUCAUUUCACUUUCAGUGAUGGGUAUUCAUAUUAAAACACUCAUAGUCGAAAUGUUUGGUUUUUAAAUUGCAGUAAACAAAACUGUAUAACAUAUUAACAAAGAUAUUUAUUAUUCAAACACAUCUGAUUGAAAUAAAUAAAGAAUUCCAAGACAAGUAA